AUGCCAGGCCGAGUCGCCGCCCGUUCGACAUCUGCCGCCACACGUCGGUCCUCGGCACAGCCAUCUACAGGCCGUGCUCCUUCCGUGACCCCGUCAUUCGCAAUCCCCGAAGAAGCAGCAUUGCCCUCAUCCUCCCCGAAUCUCCGCCGCGAUGUAUGCGCUCUGUUCGCCGAUGCUCAGCGCUCCACAACCGGCCACCGCAAGCUGGUAGUGCGCAUGCGCAAAUUGCAGGAGAUCUGCGCCGGAAUUGCGCAGAAGAAGAAAGGAAAAGAUCAAGAGCCGGAGCCAGUCGUGAUUCCUGAAGAAGAGACGAUCGCUGAGAAGGAGUUUAAUGUGGAGGUUGGCCGCUGCAUGCUUCGGAUUCUUCCCAUUAAGAAGUCCGAACCAGUGGGUGAUCGCGUCUUGCGCUUCUUGGAUACCUUCCUUGCCCACGCGGCCGAGAAGGAUAAUGAGAUUUACGCUGCCGCGAAUCAAGGCGAAGAUGAAAUGCAAGUUUCAUCUGAGACUCCAACUUCGCGUCUGACUUCUAGCUUGGUCUCUCUGAUGGUGCCUGUGCUUUCCGCGAAGGAUAAGAUGAUUCGAUUCCGCGCCACACAGAUUAUCGCACACAUUGUUAAUGCACUUGAGUCUAUCGACGACGAGCUAUAUCAUACCAUCCGAGGUGGUCUACUGAAACGUAUUCGCGACAAAGAAUCAUCCGUUCGGGUGCAGGCUGUGAUAGGACUCGCACGCCUAGCCGGUAACGAUGAAGAGGAUGAGAAUGACGACAAUUCUACAGCCCUCCUUGAAAAAUUGAUUGAGAUCAUGCAGAACGACACCAGUGCUGAUGUACGAAAGAACCUUCUCGCCAGCCUCCCGCUCGCCCCCGUCACUCUCCCCUACCUACUCGAACGUGCCCGCGAUCUGGAUGCUCCGACACGACGUACGCUAUAUGCGCGUCUGCUACCUACUCUAGGUGAUUUCCGCCACCUGUCACUAUCUAUGCGUGAAAAGCUCCUCCGUUGGGGUCUGCGAGAUCGUGACGAGACUGUCCGAAAAGCGACUGGAAAAUUGUUCUACGACCGCUGGGUUGAGGAUUGUGCUGGUACAAAUAACGACCAGAGCGAAGGUGCUACAGUCCAGCGCUCGCCAGCUGAUAUCAAUGCGCUUCUGGAGCUCUUGGAACGUAUUGAUGUAGUGAACUCGGGUGUUGAGACUGGCAUUGCGCACGAAGCGAUGCGCAGUUUCUGGGAGGGACGGUCUGAUUACCGGGAGGCAGUGAUCUUUGACCAGACUUUCUGGGAAUCCCUCACGGCCGAGUCGGCAUUCCUGAUCCGAUCAUUCAACGACUUCUGCCGCGUUCAGAACGAGGGCAAAUAUGAGGAUCUUGUCGAGGAGAAGAUGCCUGAAGUCACGGCUCUUGCUUUCUUCCUUGGAAAGUACCUCGAAGAUCUCCUGCAGCGCAAGAAAACAUCCAAAGAGUCCGGCGAGGCAAACGAUGAGGACGCGGCGGAGCAAGAAUUCAUUGUCGAGCAAUUACUGCAUAUCGCGAUGACUUUGGACUACAGCGAUGAAGUUGGUCGACGAAAGAUGUUCUCCCUUCUGAGAGAGUCAUUGGCUGUUCCAGAGCUCCCAGAGGAGUGUACCAAGCUUGUUGUGGAGACACUGCGGUGCGCCUGCGGUGCCGACUCUGCCGGCGAGAGCGAAUUCUGCAGUGUCGUUCUCGAGGCCAUUGCUGAGGUCCACGAUACUAUCAUCACAGACGACAGUUUUGUAUCUGCCAAGUCUGAAAUCAGUGAUGAUGCAAGCAGUCGCCAUCGAUCCGAGACACCUGGGGAUGACGGAGAAGAAGUUCCCUUCAACAAGGAAGAAGCCAAGGCCAAGAUUAUCAAGGAAAUCGUGGUUAACAUGAAGUGUCUUCACAUCGCUCAAUGCAUGCUUCAAAAUGUUCAAGGUCACUUGCAGCAAAAUAUGAAUUUGGUGACUAUGUUGAACAACCUAGUUGUUCCUGCCGUGCGAAGUCACGAGGCUCCUAUUCGUGAGCGUGGCCUUCUCUGCUUAGGUCUCUGCUGUCUGCUUGACAAGAACCUGGCGGAAGAGAACAUGACUCUCUUCAUUCACUGUUACAGCAAGGGCCAUGAGGGCUUGCAAGUGACCGCUAUCCAGAUUAUCUGUGAUAUGGUUACAACCCACCCUACUCUGCUCGCCCCUGUCACCCAAUCCGACGGCGAGACCGUGGUUCCCCCACCCAUGCAAAAACCCUUGUUCAAGGUGUUUACGCGAGCCCUCAAGGCCAACUCACCACCGAGUGUGCAGUCUGGCGCUGCCACGGCACUUUCAAAGCUGCUGUUGACCAACACAUUCACGCCUUCUGGCCCGAAUAUUCCUCAUGCCAUCCAUGAAUUCAAUCAGAACAGCGUAGAGGUUCUCUUGCAGUCUCUCGUUUUGUCCUUCUUCCACCCACGCACCCGCGAGAACCCGGCUCUUCGACAAUCGCUUGCAUACUUCUUCCCCGUCUACUGUCACUCGCGGAUUGACAACACCCAACAUAUGCGCCGAAUUGCGGUUCCUGUGGUUCGUGCAGUCAUCAAUGCUGCCGAAGAACACUACUCGCUCGAAGCAGAGGAGGAUAGUGAUGGAGAGAUCGACGAGAGUGUUGGAGAUCGCGAAAUCAAGGCCCUGAUGACCGGUGUCAUCGGAAUGCUUGCCGAAUGGACAGACGAGCGAAGAGUCAUUGGCAUGGGUGGUGAACGAAUUCUUGCCGGUGGAGCGGCUAGCUCAACAGCCUGCGGCUGGGUGCAUCUUGCCCUGGUGAAGGAUAUCCUUGAACGUAUCCUAGGCGUCCAGCAGAGCACCAACCGCUGCUCUCGGGAAGAGCGGAAGCUCCUUUUCACCCUGCUAAGCAAGAUUUAUUUCGCCGCGCCGACGCUUCCUUCCCGCGCGGGCUCACGCGCCCCCGAAAGCACAGAAGACCAAUUUCGCAGCAGCAUUCGUAGUGCUACUGCCGGUGGUCUUGAGAUUGAUCCCGAAAACGCCCAGCUGGCCGAAGAAGUUAAGGAGCUUCUUGAUCAGACUAUCGAGGAGGGUCUUGCUGUCGAUGCUUCAAGCCGAAACGCACUUGUCAAGACUAAGAACUCUGUUCUGAAGAUCCUUGCUGUUGCCCAAGAUUCUCGCGCAGCCAGCGUACGUCCUCGCGCAGGAACUGAAGAGAGCGAUAUCGGCAGCGUUCGCUCUGCUAGCGUUCGCCGCUCUGUCGAACCCACGGCUGGACGCCGUCACUUCUCCGUGGAACCUAGUAUCAUGGAGGAAGAUGAGAACGAGGACAGCCGUAUUCGAUCUGGCAGCGUGCGACCUUCUGUCGAGGGCACUGGCGCCAAUAGGCCCGUCGUUAACAUCGAGCCCAGCAUCAUGGAGGAAGACGAAGAAGAGGAUGAUCAUGAUACGAGCCGUGGCACCGUUAUCAAAGAAGAAGUUGGCGAUGAGUGA